AGGAAGGCCGCGAGAGUUGUUUAGAGGUUUGCCUUUCGCAGGGGAGGCCCGAGGGAAGGCGAGGGGGACGUGUACCGUCACGUGUACCAUUGGUAGGUCCGCGGGCUUGUGUUGGCACAGCUUCUUACGUGGGAGACAACUCAGCCCGAUUCGCGAGGGAUGGCGGAUCGCCGGAUGGUAUAUAUUUGUCCGGGCUUGCUUCUCCCGUCGUCAGUCUCCUGUCGUUGAUCCUGGGCCCCGUGGAAGUGCUCUCUCUCUCUCUCUCUCUCUCUCUCCCUCUUCAUCUCUCCCUCCCUCUCUCUCUCUCUAUGUCUCUCUGAAUCCGCAAUAUUCCUCCGUGACGUCUCGUUUCGUUCAUUUCUCAUCCAUCGCGUCGUCGUUGAUCCAUCGUUUUUUCCGUUGAAAAAUAAGAAGAAGAAGAGGAACAAGUUGAAGAUUCGACGUUAUAUAUAUAUAUAUCUAGAGAGAGAAAAAGGAAGAUGAUCGUCGUCGAUCUAUUCAAGUGUGUGUCCAUCUUGUUGGCGUGGUGCGCGCUCUGCGAGGGGAUAGGUCCGGAGGUUAACAAGGAGGAGGAGAGCCUGGUCGACAGGGGGUUCAGGGCGAUGUACAGGGUGUACGAGGAUUGCCAGCAACGGAACAUAGCCGUGUCACCGUGUCUCAAGAAGAAGGCGAUAGCGUUCUUCGAGAGGUUGGGCAGGAUACGCAAUCUGCCCCUUUCGGAGAAUUUCGAGCUGAUCAGGAGCACGGAUGCCGAGGAGUUGCCGAGGAGCUCGUUCGCCGAGUUGGAGACCCAGCUGGGCAGAACCGCGUCGAGCAAGGACGAGAUACUCAACGAGAUCCUGUUCGACAGGGUUGCCUCGUUGUUGAACAGUUUCAACGUGCAGAUCCGAUUGCCGCGUACCAGCCCCGGCGAGUUGAAACGAGGGAUGGAGGAGGGGCGCGGCAAGAUGAAGAAGAUGAUGGGCAUGAUGAUGAUGGGCAUGGCGAUGAAGAUGGCCGCAAUGAUACCCAUCGCCCUCGGGGUACUGUUCCUCCUGGCAGGCAAGGCUCUCAUAAUCAGCAAAGUCGCCUUGGUCUUGUCCCUCAUCAUCGGUUUGAAGAAGUUGCUCAGCUCCAAGCAGAGCAACGACCACGGCGGUUGGCAGCACGGCGGCGGAGGUUGGGACAGAAGUUUGAAGAACGUUCUGGGCUCCUCCACAGAGGCGAGCACGACGGAACUUGCGCGCGAAUACGCGCACAACUUGGCCUACUCGGCGCGACAUCAGCACUGAGUCGUCGUUGCGGGAAGAAGGGAGAGAAGGGACAUCUUCCGGUUCCGGUUGCAUGGGCGCUUGAAUCGCGUCUAACUCUACACAACACAUUCCAGGCCGCACAACGGACCUUCCGUUCGCGUUUAUUCGAUCGUACUCGGAGAGUGACGUCGCAUUUUUUUUUUUUUCUUUAACGUAAAGAGAAAUCGUU